AUGUCACUCCUGUGGUUUUUAUUAAUGAUCUGUGCCUUUAGUGGAGAUAGUGGUGGAGGGGGAGGUCCUGGAACUUUGUUUAAUAUGCUACCAAUAGCAAUAGCAGAGCAUGUACGGGAGCUGGAGGUAUCAGAGGGUGUCCCGAUAGGACAUCAAAUCGGUUUCAUUGGGGAAUUUUUAAACGACGAGAGUGGUGACAGUGGACCACCGUAUCUGAUUGUGCCUGUUCCAGGCAGCGCAGUAGAUACAGACUUAGCAAUAGAUCAUACGACGGGAGAGAUUCGGACAAAGAUAGCACUGGAUAGGGAAAAUCGUUCGUCCUACUCACUAGUAGCCAUUCCGCAUAGCGGGGAGAACGUACGUGUUUUGGUACGCGUACUGGACGAAAAUGACAAUGCGCCUACCUUUCCGACAAGCCUGAUGAACAUUGAGUUCCCGGAAAAUACACCUCGAGAUGUAAAGCGGACACUCAAUCCCGCACGAGACGCUGACCUCGGCCGAUACAAUACACAGCGGUACAGCAUAAUUUCGGGUAAUGCAAACAACGCGUUCCGGUUGUCUUCACAUCGCGAAAGAGACGGUGUACUGUAUUUGGACCUGCAAAUCAACGGAUUCCUCGACCGGGAAACAACUCCAGCCUACAACCUUGUUGUCGAAGCGCUGGAUGGAGGAAGCCCCCCAAUGCGCGGUCAAAUGACGGUCAACAUCACGAUCCAGGACGUGAAUGACAAUCAACCAAUCUUCAAUCAGAGUCGGUAUUUUGCGACUGUGCCCGAGAACGCCACGAUCGGUACAACGGUCCUUCAGGUGUACGCUACCGACCAGGAUGCCGGUGAGAAUGGUCAGGUAGAAUACGCAAUCAAUCGGCGGCAAAGUGAUAAAGAGCAGAUGUUCCGUAUCGAUCCUUCUACGGGACUCAUAUCCGUCAACAAACCACUUGACUUUGAGACACGUGAGCUGCAUGAACUAGUCGUAGUGGCCAAGGAUAGAGGAAUGCAGCCGCUGGAAACGACAGCCUUCGUGUCGAUUAGAGUGACAGACGUGAACGACAACCAGCCGAUCAUCAAUGUUAUCUUUCUGAGCGACGAUGCUACACCCAAGAUAUCAGAGUCGGCCCAACCAGGCGAGUUUGUAGCUCGGAUUUCCGUCAACGACCCAGACUCCAGGACGGAAUAUGCUAACGUAAACGUGACCCUUUCUGGAGGCGAAGGACACUUUGGGCUGACAACGCGAGACAACAUAAUCUACUUGGUGAUCGUUUCGUUACCACUCGAUCGUGAGAUUAAGCCGAAUUACACCCUUAGUGUGAUCGCGACCGACACGGGUAAUCCUCCAUUGCAUGCCGCAAAGGACAUUUUCCUAACCGUGACCGAUAUCAAUGAUAACGCGCCUGAGUUUGAGAAGGACGUGUACCACGCAAACGUCAUGGAAGUUGCUGAUCCGGGUACCUCCGUUAUUCAGGUGACGGCAAUCGAUCGUGACGAGGGCAAUAAUUCUGCUAUCGUAUACUCGCUUGUUGACACGCCCGAUACACACUCGCAUUGGUUCCAGAUCGAUAGUCACUCUGGGCUUAUCACGACACGCGCGCACAUCGAUUGCGAGACGGACCCGGUGCCACAGCUAGUUGUGGUGGCUCAGGACAACGGAAGGCCACCCUUGUCUUCUACCGGCACAGUGCUAGUUACGAUCCAUGACGUCAAUGAUAAUGAGCCUAUCUUCGACCAGAGUUUCUACAAUGUAUCCGUGGCUGAGAAUGAAACUAAAGGACGCUGCAUUUUAAAGGUUUCGGCAACUGACCCGGAUUGCGGCGUCAAUGCGAUGGUAAACUACACCCUCGGUGAGGGAUACAAAAAGAUCAACGUGUUCGAGAUCCGGCCUAGUACUGGUGAAGUGUGCAUCGCUAAUGAACUUGACUAUGAAAAUCGAAAUUCGUAUGAGUUUCCUAUAAUUGCCACCGAUCGGGGCGGUCUUAGUACGACAGCUAUGGUGAAAAUUCAAUUGACUGACAUCAACGAUAACCGUCCCACGUUCUAUCCGCGCGAAUACAAUGUGUCUUUGCGAGAAUCUAUGCCAACCAAUUCACUCCUUUCUACACCUGUAGUAGUCGUAGUGGCCACGGAUUCAGAUUCCGGUAGCUUUGGUACCAUCAGUUAUCGAAUAGUGGCGGGCAAUGAGGCAGGCAUAUUUCGCAUGGACCGAUUGACAGGCGAAAUUUUCGUUACUAGACCCAACAUGCUCUCGAGCAGGACACAACCGUACCAUCGGCUUAAUAUUUCAGCGAGCGACGGUGGAGGUCUACGGUCCACGCAAGAUGCCGAAGUUUUCAUUAGUGUUAUCGACGCCACGCAACGCCCACCAAUUUUCGAUAAACCGCGGUACACGUACUAUGUCAAAGAGGACGUCAAACGUAAUACGGUUGUGGGAACAGUUUCAGCAACGAGCAGCAGUUCCGGCAAUCGGGGGUCGCUUAGAUAUUUCAUCUACUCUGGCGACCCAGACGGAUACUUUGCUAUUGAUCCAGUAUCAGGAAACAUUCGCGUGGCUAAUGCACUCGAUCACGAAACUAAGCCACAAGUGCUGCUGAAUAUCCAAGCAACAAGUGGAGAUCCUCCAGCUUAUGGUCACACGCAAGUCAAUAUUGAUAUUGAAGACGUAAACGACAAUCCACCCGAGUUCGAAUCCAACAUGGUUCGCAUUUCAGUACCAGAGAAUGUUGAAAUUGGUUCCCCGCUGUAUGAAGCAAACGCCCAAGACAAGGACUCCGGUAUGAGCGGUGUCAUAAUUUACAAAUUGGCAAGUCAACCUGACGCUAAAAAAAGAAGUAAGACCAAUCUAUUCAGUAUAGACAGCCGUAGUGGACAUUUGACGCUAGCAAAAUCCCUGGAUUACGAAACUAUGCAACGACAUACGUUAAUAGUGACGGCAUCCGAUUCUGGUACGGUAUCACUGUCCACCAAUCUCACCAUUAUUGUCGAGGUUCAAGAUGUUAAUGACAAUGCACCAGUCUUUGAAAAGAAAGAAUACUCAGUCAAAGUACUAGAGUCAACGUCAAGCAACUCGCAGAUCCUUCAAGUCACUGCGAGCGAUGCCGAUACUGGCAAUAAUGCACGACUGACGUAUAAGAUUCUUUCAGAAGAUCAUGGUCGAACAGAAAAAUUAACGCAAGAUGCUAUAAAAGAAGAGACCGUCUCGGAUAUUUUCGGAAUUUUCCCUAACAGUGGGUGGAUUUAUCUUCGCACAAAACUUGAUCGAGAAGUAAAGGAAUGGUACAAUAUUACUGUCCUGGUUAGUGACAACGGUGUGCCGAUUCUCAGUGCCACGACUCAUGUGAUUGUCACAAUACUUGACGCAAACGAUAACAACCCGAUCUUUACGAAACUGGUUUAUAGUUUCGAAAUUGAGGAAAAUAUGCGGCGGGGAGCUACGAUCGGAACGGUUGUUGCACUGGAUGCUGAUGCCGGAAUCAAUGCCGUCGUGCGAUACAGUAUUAUUCCGAGCAACACCAGUUUCCAGAUCAAUCCCGUAUCGGGUGAAAUAACUACGCGCGACUCGCUUGAUCGUGAAACUAAAGAAGAUUAUGACCUGGUGGUGGAAGCCAGAGAUCAAGGCACUCCAUACCGUAGCUCACGUGUUUAUAUCAAAAUCCAUAUUCUAGACGUCAAUGAUAACGCUCCGGACAUUGUAGAUCCGCAGGAAGAUGUAGUGAGUGUGCGAGAGGAGCAACCAAUUGGAACGGAGGUUGUAAAAAUUCGCGCUAUCGACCGUGACAACGGCCAAAAUGCAUCGAUCACUUACUCCAUACUUAAGGGUCGCGACUCUGACGGGUACGGUGUAUUCUCAAUCGAUACAAUAAGUGGCGUAAUUCGCACGUUGACCUCAUUGGACCACGAGGAAAAAACUAUCUAUCGGUUGACAGUAGCAGCUACCGACGGAGGUCAACCACCAAAACAGACAGUUCGUCUCCUCAGAAUCGAAGUACUUGAUUUGAAUGAUAAUCGUCCUACCUUCACAAGCUCUAGUUUGGUGUUUAGAUUGCGCGAAGAUGUUGGUGUGGGACACGUUAUUGGCUCUAUCAGUGGCAAUGAACAAGCAGAUAUGGAAAAUCUUAUCUCAAGUGCAACUGAGCAUAUAACCUACACGUUGACACCCCUCACAAAUGAUAUUUCAGAAGGAGCAUUCGAUAUUGAUCGCAACUCGGGCAAACUAGUCGUUGCUCGACAACUCGAUCGUGAGCAGCAAAAUGAGUAUCGUAUGGAAAUACGUGCCUUGGACAUGAGCGCAUCCAACAAUCCGCAGAGUUCGGCUGUUACAGUCAAAAUUGAAAUUGCCGAUGUUAACGACAAUCCACCAAAGUGGCCCUGUGAUCCCAUUAACGUUUAUAUAUCUGAAGAUACUGCUGUGGGAGCAAUCGUAUAUAACUUUACCGUACAAGAUAACGAUACCGGUACGAAUGCAGAAAUCAAAUACAAUCUCUCCAGACCUAUACUUACUGCUCAAAAGGAGUAUUUCGCAAUCGACUCGCUUACCGGUUCACUAACGCUCUUAUCACCUCUGGACCACGAGCAGAGUCAAGAACUAUUGCUUAUAGUGCAAGCAACCGAUCAAUCGUCAAAUUUCUCAGAAAGAUUAACAACCUCAGUCACAGCGCGCAUCAUAGUGACUGAUGUGAAUGACAACACGCCAAUAUUUGUGGUUCCACAAACGCCAGAUACCGUGGUGCACAUCAGCGACUCACUGGAAAUUGAUCAGGUUGUUUCACGUGUGGUGGCAAUCGAUCAAGACAGUGGCGAAAAUGGUCGAAUCGCGUACAAUAUCGUCGCUGGUAAUGAUGACGAGCGCUUUACGAUCGAUUCUAACUCCGGUAUCAUCAGAUUGGCGAAACCAUUUAGUAGUAAUUUCAUUGUAGACAGUGGCAAAAGAAACACAGGAAAUGGAAAGUAUCAGCUGCUGAUUUCAGCUAGAGAUCACGGUUCCCCUCAUCCUCGUGACGCCAAAAUUACUAUCCAGAUUGUAAUACAAAAUACAACCAACAGUCCCCCGCGCUUUUCCGAACCUGUUUAUCAUGUAAACAUCACAGAAAACGUCCCAAUAGGCAGCUUCGUCGUCCGUGUAUCCGCCAAGUCUUUUUCAGACACUGGCACUCCAGGAGGUUCUGUAAAUCUUACGUACGAAAUCCCAAAAGGGACCGGUGAUGAUCUGUUUACUGUGGAUUCAAUUCGUGGUAUCGUUACUACACGCGGAAUGUUUGAUCGAGAGACAAAGGAUAUCUACACCAUUCCAAUCUAUGUGACGGAAGUAAACCUGCUAAGAAAUCCACUCUCCCUAUCAUCUGCUAAUCAGGAUGUGGUACAAUUUGACGUUGCUACGCUAGUUAUACGCAUAACGGAUGUCAACGAUCACGCACCAGAGUUUGUUGUGGGAUCUUGCUAUUCGUUGGCCGUUCCCGAAAACAGCGAACAAUCUAUCAUUCACACCGUAGUUGCAACUGAUAUGGACGAUGGACUGAACGGAGAAGUAACCUAUAGUAUUUCAGGUGGAAACGUGGGCAAUAAAUUUAGCAUUGAUUUACGCACCGGUGCUUUGACAGCUCGUCCGUUAGACCGUGAGGUGUACGCCAGAUACGUUUUGCAGAUUACCGCACACGAUCGUGGAUCGCCGUUAGCUCAUCAGGGACAUUGCAAUAUUACUAUUCACGUAGAAGACGAAAACGAUAAUGAUCCCAAAUUUGAGCUUCAGAAAUAUAUUGCUACGAUUGAUGAGGAUGCAAAAAUUGGAACACAUGUACUCACGGUGAAGGCAAUAGAUGCUGAUGUCGGCAUCAAUUCCCGGAUUGCAUACUCAUUAGCUAAUGUUACCGAGUGGUUGUUUGAUAUCGACAAAAAGACUGGUCUUAUAACUACGGCUGGGCUUUUCGACCGUGAACGACAAAACGUGUACAAUUUUAUGGUUGUAGCUAUGGACGGCGGGAAAUACAAUGCACGAUCACAAAAUGUGCAGGUGCAGGUCAUCAUUGCCGAUGUGAAUGAUAACAAACCAGUGUUCGAUAAAUAUCCGUUUCGAGAGCACAUAGGAGCAUUAGUGCAACCAGGGCAAACAUUGCUACACAUAUCCGCUUCCGAUUAUGACCAAGGCAAUAAUGGAGAGAUAGUCUAUAGCUUGAUCGAGAAUUCAAGCAAUGCCAAAUUUCGCAUCAAUUCUGCAACGGGAGCACUAAGUGCAACGCAAAGUCUUGCUAGCGAAAACGGUCGCCUACUGCACAUCGAAGUCACCGCACGUGAUAAAGGAAACCCACCACAAAUAGCAAACGGAUUAAUCGAGCUUCGAAUUGGGGAAGUACAGCAAGAUCUACCUACGCUGCGUUUCCAGAAUACCUCAUAUAGGGUAACGCUCAUGGAAAACACUCCAGUUGGUUACGCAGUGCUACAGUUGAAUGCAGUGCGAAGCGAUGGUCGGAGGCAAAAGAUCAUCUAUAGCUUUGGUUCAGGAAAUGAGGCAGGGAUGUUUUCGAUUGAUGCAGUUACAGGAGAGAUUAAAAUUCGCAACUCCCACAAUCUUGACUUUGAAAAGUUUAGCCGGUUAAAAACCGCAGGCAUCGAGCUAGUGGCAGUCGCUAGGACCGAUGGUAGUCCGUUGCUGUAUGGAUAUACAACGAUCAAGGUGGAACUGCAGGACCGAAAUGAUAAUGCCCCACGUUUCACUCAGCAGCAGUAUGCAGCCUCCGUUUGGGAGGGUAACAAUAAGGGCACAUUCGUUAUCAAGAUUGAUGCAUUUGACACAGAUCAGGGCACAAACGCAAGAAUUUUGUAUCAUAUUGUAGAUGGUAAUCACGACAACGCCUUUAUCAUCGAGCCUGCGUUUAGUGGAAUCGUCAAAACGAACAUUGUUCUUGAUCGGGAGAUCCGUGAUAAGUAUAAACUAAAAGUCAUAGCAACCGAUGAAGGGGUUCCUCAAAUGACCGGAACAGCCACCAUCAAUGUAAAUGUCGUCGAUGUUAACGACAAUCAACCAACAUUUCCUCCCAAUACGGUCAUAAGCGUUAGUGAAGCAACGAGCGUUGGAACGGUACUGACUACUAUUACUGCGAACGAUGUAGACAGCAACCCUCCGCUUACUUACAGCUUUUCCGAACUCAUGGAGGACGAUGCUACAAAUUACUUUUCAAUAGAUCGAUAUAGUGGUAAAAUCAUUCUCAUAAAACCGCUUGACUACGAGGAUCGACACGAAUUUCUGCUACGAUUAUUGGCUUCCGAUUCAGCACAUAUUGCUCGAACAACGCUUACCGUUCGAGUGCUAGACGUUAAUGAUAAUGCGCCGGUCUUUCAGCAGAUCACAUACCAAGCAUUACUUUCAGAUUCUUCUGCUGGCAGUAAUGGAAAUGUUAUGGUACUAACGGUAAACGCAUUAGAUGCUGAUAGCGAACGAAAUGCAGCAAUUCGCUAUUCUAUUGUAUCCCCUACAGCCAGCGGUUUCACCAUUGAUGAAACUGAUGGUCAUCUGUUUGCUAACAUCAGUCAACUAACUAAGCGUGUUCGCUUCGGAACAGUUUACAUUACUAUAGCUGCUAUCGAUUCUGGAACACCAGCACUUUCAUCCACUACUACCGUACGUUUAGAGAUGGAGUCUAAAGGACUACCACAUCCUCAUCUUGUACAAAGUCAGUAUCGAGCAACAGUGAACGAGGCUUCUCCUCCUGGUACAAUAGUGGUCAACUUAUUACCGAAAUCAAUUAACACUCAAUAUUCUGAAUCAGUAGCUUUUCAAAUCAUCGAUGGGAAUGAAGGAGAAGUUUUCGAUGUUGCAUACCCCGAAGGCAAUAUUGUGUUAGUGGAUAAAUUAGAUCGUGAGAAGAUUGACUACUACGAGUUGAAAGUUGUAACUCUCGAUGCAGGAGUGAGGCACAAGUAUAACAAAAUGAACCUCACUACAGUAGUGCGAGUGAUGAUUACGAUAGAGGAUGCUAACGAUAACGCACCUGAGUUCCAACCGGGAAUCUAUGAGGCAACGAUCAGUGAGCUGGCACCGGUAAAGUACUCGAUUGCAACAUUAGUAGCAGUCGACGCAGACCAACCUGGUACGCCUAGCUCCGAGGUAUUUUACCAGAUAAUCUCUGGCAACGACUGCGGUGUGUUCUCUAUCGAUCUAGUAUCCGGGCUGCUGUACACCAACAACUAUCUUGAUUACGAUCGCGGUCCGACGCAUUAUAGUUUGGUCGUUCGUGCAUGUGACAGCCAUUUCACAGCUAGAUGUUCAGUUCACCCCUUCACCAUUGAUUUAUCCGACGAAAAUGACAAUGAGCCACAGUUUCCAGUUCCGGAAUAUCUAGAGUUUGUUGGAGAAAAUGAACCGAUCGGCAUUAGCAUUUUCACUGCCCGGGCUACGGACAUGGAUCGGGGCCCAUUUGGUACUGUGAACUACACGAUUGAAAAUGCACUCUCCAGAGGCUACACUAGUCUAGACGACAGCGGAAAUUUUUUCAAAGUCGACGCUAUAACUGGUGUCGUUAACUCGAAUGCUAUCUUCGAUUAUGAGGAAAAAAGUCGAUACUCGUUCACGCUGCGAGCCACCGACAAGGGCGGAAAAUCGAAAUCGGUUCGUGUAAAGAUCAUCAUCGAAAGUCGUGAUGAGUUUAGUCCACAAUUUACAGAGCGCACUUAUCGAUUUGUUAUAAAACCUCCAGAAUCGGGAUACUUUUCCGUGGGUUAUGUUGUUGGCCACGUAACGGCGACGGAUAGAGACUGCGGACCUGAUGGCCGUAUAGUGUAUCAACUCACUACCCUGCAUCCGUAUUUUAAGAUGAAUCGUACCACGGGAGCAAUCCUGAUCAAAAAGAAACUAGACAACAUUUCCUCGAUGCUUGACACCGGAAGAGACAUUAGUUUGGUUGUAACUGCCGGCUCUGGAAGACAAGGGUCGCUUACUAAUAUGACUGUGGUUGAGAUUGCCAUAGAUGCAUCGGCCCACAAAGGCACCGAGCCCAGCACAUCCGGUGGCUAUGAAAACUCACACUCCGUUUCUGGUGGCGGAAGCUUUGCGAGCUGGGCACUCGGUUUGAUCAUCUCACUUCUACUAGUGAUCAUUGGUGCUGCAUCUGUUUUUCUCUUCUUGCACCUACGCAGCCGGCAACAAAAACAUGUCAAUAAGUCUGGCCUAAGCUCGGAAUCUGUUGGCCACUCCAACAAUUACGUCGAUCCUAGUGCGUUUGAUACAAUCCCUAUUCGAGGAUCAUCCAGUGGGACAACGAGUGCGACCCAGUUUGCCCCACCGAAAUACGAUGAAAUUCCACCUUAUGGUGCAAGCUCCAACUCAGGUGCUGCUACUACAUCCGAGUUAUCUGGGUCUGAACAAUCUGGUUCAAGUGGACGAGGUUCAGCUGAAGAUGAUGGAGAAGAUGAAGAGAUCCGCAUGAUCAACGAAGGUGGACCUCUACAACGGGAUGGACUGCAGCUUGAUGGUCGAUUGUCAGACGUGUCCGUACAAAACACUCAAGAGUAUUUGGCUCGUUUGGGAAUCGUGGAUAACGGUACAACUGGGAACGCGUCAAAUUCUUCACACACGUUGCACAUGUUCGACGACGAACACCAUAGGGAAUCUGACUUGACGAAUCUCAUCUAUGCCAAGUUAAACGAUGUGACCAAUAAUAGUGAUAGAGCCAGCAGUGUGGACGAGACGGUCACCAAUGCGGGAAGCAUCGGUGCCACGGUGGACCAUGUUAUGAUGGGUGGAUAUGGGGACGUACCAGUCGUCGGUAAUCAACAAGGAAUUUCAAUGAACGGCUCGCUCAGUUCAAUUGUACAUAGCGAGGAAGAACUGACGGGUAGUUAUAACUGGGACUAUUUACUCGACUGGGGCCCCCAGUACCAGCCCCUCGCGCACGUAUUUUCUGAAAUUGCUCGCCUUAAAGAUGAUACACUGUCUGUACAGAGUGGCAACAGUGGCACGUCGAGUGCGAAAAGUAAAAAUUCGUUACACCACACGGUGAAAAACAUACCGCCACCAUUGCUAACAAACGUUGCACCACGGUCAAUCAACGUGCCAGUUUUUGCCGGGCGAGGAACCGCAAACAGCCACCAUGCAGGAGCACCGAACCAGUAUUUACUUCCCCGCUCUCCCAUAAGCCACGACUCUGCUGCUGGUUUCAGCACCUCUUCUGCCAUGUCUCCCAGUUUUUCACCAUCGUUGUCACCCUUAGCAACAAGAUCACCCUCGAUUUCCCCACAUGUCGUGUCAACAGGCGUCCCUACGUCGCAUCACAUGGUUUCGCUACCUCGACCACCGCAGCAACGAGGUGGAGGCCAACGUAAACCCUACUAGAACCAAACUAUCCUGCUUUCCUCCA